AUGCCGAAACAAAAGAAGCAGAAUCAGCAGCAGCCGCCGCCACCGCAGCAGCCCCUGCUGCCAGAGCGGGAGGAGAUUGGAGACGAGGAGGAUGGGAGUCCCAUUGGACCACCCAGCCUUCUGGGCCCUCCCCGCAUGGCCAAUGGAAAGCCUAGUGACCCCAAGUCAGCCCCAAACUGGAAUCCACCCACAUGUCCACCAUCAGUAGAAUGGAUAAAUAAGUUGUUGUGUGUGCAUGCAAUGGGACACUACACUGCAAUGAAAAUGAACGAACUCCUGCUACAGGCAACCUGGAUGAAUCUCACAAACACGAUGUUGAGCGAAAGGAGCCAGACAGAAAAGAAUGCAGACUCUCUUCACAGAGGUCCUCCAGGAUCAAGGGGACCAAUGAUUCCACCACUGCUGAGUCUCCCACCUCCUCCCCGGGGCAGAGGCCCAAUUCGGGGAGGCCUAGGCCCCAGGUGUGGCCCAUAUGGUCGUGGUUGGUGGGGGGCCAAUACUGAACCUCCUUUUCCUGGACCAGGCCAUGGGGGUCCUUCCAGGGGAGGCUUUCACAAAGAGCAGAGAAAUCCUCGAAGGCUCAAAAGUUGGUCUCUUAUCAAAAAUACCUGCCCGCCCAAGGAUGGCCCCCAAGUUGUGGAAGACAAAUCCAACCGCCCUGUCUGGUGACACUUUGCCAAAAAGGGCCACUGUCGAUAUGAGGACCUCUGUGCCUUCUACCACCCAGGCGUCAAUGGACC